AUGGCGAUCGCGUCAUCGAGCUAUUACCCAAACAAUCCAACCCCCACUCAUAUGGGUGGUCAGCAGUCCUUUGUGGGAAAUUCUUGGAAUCAUAACCCAAAUGAUCUCGGGGCACAAGGAAGUGGAUACAAUUUUCAACCCCAUCAAGGCUCUUACCAGAAUAUGCCCACAGAUCCUCAGAUAUCCCAUCAGGUGCAGGCAUACCCCUCUGCAAUUAUGCAUGACAGGCAAGGCCCCGGUCCUAGAGCCGACCUGAAUCCCCCCUCAACCCCAAUGGCGCACAGAUCAACCUCAUCAGAGAGCUCCGCAACAGACUUUCUCUUUAACGACUGGCCACGGGGAGAGUUUCCGCCUAGAUCCUUGGAGUCCAGUAAUCCCUCGCUUCAAGGGAACGAAUAUAACGUUUUAGGCCAACACUCACAGACAAACAGCGCGCAAUCUUCAGAGUAUGCAAUGUCAAGAUCUCAUUCUCACCAGGCUACUUAUCAGCAGCCAGUGGCACAUGCGCAUGACAACUCUGCAAGUCUUCCCUCUCAUGGAUACUCUCAACAGUCACCUCCAUACAACCAAUACAACAAUAAGCAUAUGGCAGGAACACAAUCUGGGACAGGGUUCAAUUCCAUGGUGUUUCCACCUGUCAUCGAAUCUCAGAACAGUGCUCAGUACUAUCCGAAUCCUCUUAUACAGGGUGGAAUGCAUCAAUAUGUCGCUCAACAACCGACACAACAACCCAGUGGGAGCAUGCCAGCCUCAAACUAUCCCUUCCAGAAUGCCAAUACUGGGCCUCAGCAACAUCAGUGGUCCACCUCAGAUCCUCGGUUACCCCGGACGGCGGCAUCAGAUCCACAAUUCAUUAGUGGUCCCUGGGGAUCCACGCCGCCAUCUUGA